GAAGCUGCAUAAGGGGAAGUGCCGCAGUGUGUUCUGCUCAAUUCUGUGGCGCUGCGUAGAUGUCAACCAGGGUUUUUAUCAGCUAAUCAGAAGAAACAAACUUCAUUGUUUUUUAAAACUAUAUAUAUAUAACGUCACAAAAUGGCCACUGAUUCGGGAUACGGUGGUUCACAAAGCUAUGGAUCCUAUGGCGGUCAGCAGAGUGGGCAGGGUUAUGGUCAAGGAAAUGGCAGUGGCUCUUAUGGGGAACAGAGUUACAGUGGCUAUGGACAGCAAGGCGCAACACAAGACAGUUAUGGCCAGUCUCAGCCUCAGAGCUAUGGUACUUACGGACAGGACUCAUCUGGGUAUGGCGACAAGUCGUCGUCGUCGUCUUAUGGUCAGCAAGGUUCCUAUGGUGGCCAGGGGCAAGGAGCAGACAGCUAUGGACAGCAAAGCUCUUAUGGUAGCCAAGGGCAAGGUGCUGGCAGCUAUGGAAGAUGGAGUGAAGCAGGUGAAAGUGGUGGUCAGGGCGCGAGGUUUGGACGUGAACAAGGAGACCGUGCAGAAGGAGGGGGCUACAGAGGCCGAGGCCGUGGUGGUUAUGACCGUGGCAGUUAUGACCGCGGUAGUGGAUAUGACCGUGGUGGAUACGACCGUGGCGGAAGAGGUGGACCUCCUGGUAUGGGAGGUGGUGACCGUGGUGGCUACAAAAAUUACGGUGGCUCUCGAGACUACGGCUCAAGGGAUGAACCAGCUGGUGAGCAGGACAACUCUGACAACAACACCAUUUUUGUCCAGGGACUGGGAGAAGAUGCCACAGUUCAGGAAGUCGGCGACUUCUUCAAGCAAAUUGGUAUCAUCAAGGUGAACAAGAAGACGGGCCAACUAAUGAUCAACAUCUACUCUGACAAGGCCACCGGUCAACCAAAGGGAGAAGCUACAGUGUCAUUUGAUGACCCGCCCUCUGCUAAAGCUGCUAUUGAUUGGUUUGAUGGCAAGGAGUUCAAUGGCAAACCCAUCAAAGUAUCAUUUGCCACCCGCAGAGCUGAGUUCACACAGAGAGGAGGAGGAAUAGGUGGAGGAGGUGGAAGAGGGGGACGAGGAGGAGGAGGAUUCAGAGGUCGUGGUGGUGGAGGACCCAGCUUUGAUAUUAAGGGGGGAGACUGGCCCUGUCCCAACAGCUCCUGUGGCAACAUGAAUUUUGCACGGCGACAAGAGUGUAACAAGUGUGGCACACCCAAACCAGGAGAUGGAGGAUUUGGAGGUGGAGAUCGUGGAAGCAGAGGUGGUUAUGGCGGUGACAGAGGUGGUGGCUUCAGAGGCCGUGGAGGUUUCCGUGGGGGAGACCGUGGAGGCUACGGAGGAGGUGGUGGCGGAGGAUUCGGAGGGGGCUACAAAAUGGGAGGAAGGGGUGACCGCAGAGACGACAGAAGAGAAAGGCCAUACUAAGCGUUGAGCAGAUGGAAACCAUUCCAGCCCUUGAGUUCGCCAUGGAGGGAGGGUUUAGUUUGGGAAAACUGGGUGGGAAAGGAUUGGGGAAGGUGAUGGAUCAGACAUUCUGAUUUGUGUACCUUUUUUUUGUAGCCAGUGCAUCCCAACUAUUACUAUUCAUCUGUGAGUGAGGGGAAGGAUGUGUUGAGCUAUUGUGAAGGGACUUCCAGGCUGAUUGGCACUGUUAUGUGGUCAAAUGUUUAGGGUUUUUUUUUUCUCUGCUUUUUUUGUUUUAUUUCUUUGUACAUCUUUUUAAUUUUCUCUCAAAUUCUAGUUGCAGAUGUUUUGUGAGGUAGACUUCGUACCUUUUUUGUUUUUGUAUGAACGGAAUAAAAUGUUUUACUUCGGUUCUGUUUGUUUUUUCUUCAAAAUGAUAUUAAAAAAAAACCGUGAUCUUU